AUGUACGACUCUGGAACAACAGCUAUCGGCGAAUAUACAUUAAUCUACUCCGGCCACUCAAGUGCAGACAAGACUCGUUCAGCUCAUGGAGUAGCCAUAUUUCUUAACAAGCAAGCAGCAACAGCAUGGAAAACCCUCGGUUCAACUUGGGAAGCCGUUAAUGAACGUAUUGUCAUGGUUCGUCUCGCAUGCAAACCAAUAAAUGUUACCGUUAUAGCUUUCUAUGCACCUAUCAACUCAAAAAAUCAGCAGCAAGCCAGUUCAACAACAGAUCCUUUUUAUGCAGAUCUACAAGCUACAAUCAAGAAAGUGCCAAAAUCUGACAUGCUCCUCAUUAUUGGUGAUUUCAACGCUCGUGUUGGUCAGGAACAACAUCGUACAAAUAGCAAUGUCGUUGGUCCUCAUGCAGUGGAUACCAUAAAUGACAAUGGCGAACGUCUUGUCGAUUUUUGCUCUAUAAACAAUCUUAUUAUCUGUAACACGUUUUUUUCAACACAAACCUGUUCAUCAAAAGAGUUGGAUGCAUCCUGGAAGACAUUUCAAGUACAAUUAAACAGACGACUCCAACAACCAACAUCUUCUCCUCAAACCAUCGAUCAAAAAUAUACUGAUUUUGUGGAUAACGUACACCAAAUAAGUGGUUCAAUCUUUCAACGAGAUGAAAAUGACAGGAAACACAAAGAAUGGUUAACAGAUGAAAUCCUCGAUGUUGUUGACAAAAAAGCAAAAGCAUUCCUAGAUUGGCAAAACUUUCGUGGCACUUGUCUCGAAUCAAGAUUUUGCAAGAGCUAUUGUCUCCUUCGGAAUUUGGCCAAAAAGAAAAUCGAAGCACGGCAAGUCGAAUAUUGGGAUGAACUCAGUAUUGAAAUUGAAAAUGCCAUCAAGCAACAUGAUCCAGCAACUGCAUAUGCAAUGAUUAGACGUCUGAGAGGUGGACGAGCAAAAAUCGAAAACCUUCCAAUCUUCGACAAGCAAGGAUGUCUCCUAACAAACUCAAAUGAAAGACUCAAUCAUUGGAAAGAUUAUUUCAAUGAUCUCUUAAGUGUACCAUCCAUCGUCGAUCAAGCAACAAUUCAACAAAUUCCUUCCGCGACAAUUACUGUAAGUGAGCAAGAACGCCAAGACCAAAUCCCUACACUUAAUCAAGUGCAGUGUGCAAUCAAGCAAAUGAAAAAUGGCAAAGCUCCUGGAAGUAAUGGAAUUUCUAUAGAUGUUAUCAAGGCUGGUGGUCUUCCAUUAGCAAAAUGGUUACAUGAGAUCUUUGUUGAUAUUUGGGAAAAUGAAAUAAUGAUAGAAAACUGGACAACUACAAUACUGAUUCGACUCUAUAAGAACAAAGGUGACAAAAAGAUCUGUGACAAUUAUCGCGGAAUCUCUCUUUUGGUUGUAACAAGCAAAAUCUUUUCUAGAAUCAUUCUCAAUCGUGUACAAGGCCUUCUAGACAAACAACUACUAGAAGAACAAGCUGGCUUUCGAUCAAACCGUUCAACAAUCGACCAGAUAUUCAUUCUCAAAAUGAUAAUGGAGAAAUCUCGUAACAAGAACAAGCCUCUUCAUAUAUGCUUCAUCGACAUUAUGAAGGCUUAUGAUUCUGUCGAUCGUGUUCUUCUAUGACAAAUAUGUCGCCAUUACGGUCUUAGUGACAAGAUUGUUCGAAUGCUCCAACUUCUUUACAAAGCCACCAAAGCGCAGGUUCGGAUAAAUGGAGAGCUUUCCGAUCCAUUCGAAAUCAAUUCUGGCGUUCAACAAGAUGGCAUUCCCUCUUGUAUCCUCUUCAACGUCUUAUUCGACUUCAUCAUUCGUCGUGCCGUUGAACAAGUGAAACUCCUUGGUAUAACCAGAAUCAAAAUGGCUUAUGAUAAUAAUGAUUUCUUUCAUCCUGCAAAUGCUAACUAUGAAGAUUUUGAUGUCCUCCUCUUGCUAUAUGCUGAUGAUCUAGUCAUGACGUGUGACAGUGCCACUGAUCUCGAACUCUCCAUACAAUGUUUCGAACAAGUGACACAAGAAUUCGGGUUUACAAUGAGUGUGAAAAAGACAUGCAUCAUGUCCCUUAAGCAACUACAACAAGAUCUUACAACAAACAAAGUCAUCAAAGGCUAAGAAGUUGACAAUCCAAACCUGACAAUAACCAUUCGAAACGAAACAAUCGAAACUGUCAGCGAAUUUCGUUACCUCGGAUGUUACAUAACAAGAGAUCAAUCGAUCGAGAAAGAACUUGAAACUCGCCUUGUCAAAGCCUCAACAGCUUUCAAUAUGCUACGGCAUGUUAUCUGGUGUAGAAAAACCGUUUCAAUUCAAGCCAAACUACGUAUAUUUCGCGCUUGCGUCCUCCCGGUUCUCCUGUAUGGCAGUGAGGUAUGGUCAACAACUGCAGCACAAGAACAACGUCUUAAUACUUUCUAUCUCAGAUGCCUGAGAACUUUAAUUGGAGUUAAUUUGGGUGAUCGUAUGCCAACCGAGCAACUGCUACAGCUAACUGGACAACCACAUCUAAGCAAUAUUCUCAGUAGAAAUCGUCUUCGUUGGUUUGGACAUGCAAAUAGGAUGCAAACAGAGGACCACGAAUCAUCAAUGGUUAAGAAAGCCAUGUUUGCCUACUUUCCUCAAUCGGUCAAACCACGAAACUUCGGUAACCGAAAACAAUGGCAAGAUAAGAUUAGUGAAGACGUAGAUAAUUUCCAUAUUCGAAAUUGGCGACGAGAAACACUCAAUCGUGAGAAAUGGCGAGAUACAAUCAACAAAUAUGUUCACUCAAACGUACCUUCCUCAAAUAUCCUGGAAGUCGUACAACAAUACAAACAAAAGUCACAACAACGACGAGCUACAACAAACGCACCUCCUACUCCCAAGGUCACUGACAUCCUAGCCAAGCAAGGUCUCAAGAAUCUCGAUGGUACAUAUAUAUGUUCGAAUCCAAAGUGUUCAAUGGGAGUGUUCAAGGCUCAAGGUAUUACUGCACAUGUCAAGUCGUAUGCAAAGAAAUGGUGCAAAAAGAAUGGAAUUUUGACGAAAUGAUGCAAGAUGAAAAAGCUGAAUCAAUUUACCUCGCACCUCAUAAUGAAUAUAACUCAAACCAGGCUCACAAGGUCUGGAGGUUGUAUUUGGAAAACGGCACCUGGUUCUGCGACUCUGCGACGAUCAACCACGAAAUCAACCGAACAACUAUUCACACUUUUGUAUGAACUCUUCUUUUCCUUUUUUUUGUUUUUCUUUUCUUUUUUGUAUCUAGUAUUUUUGAUCUUCACCCUACACCAGUGAGGUAAGGGUAUAAUAAACUAAACUGAGUUCUUUAGAUUUUUAUUGAGUAUUAGUGUGCGGGUAUUAAAUUGAUUGGAUGUAUUCGUGGCAAAAAUGAUCAUCCGGACCCACAUACCAUUGUGCACAACCCAAUUGAUGCUAGUACCAACGUACAAACACCUACUCUUGUGAAAUAUUGGAUACUAUCUUGUUGAAAACUGUAAAGCACUAUAAAAUACCAAAGGGCCGGAAAUACAGUCGAGGGUCAAGCGAGUCACUCGGACGAGCGUUACUUGUUUCUGUAGUAUCCCGUAUAAAAGCUGCGUUUUUGUGAGCAUGUUACAAGAUAAAUAUAUGAUGAUGAAGUAGAUUUCAAUCAUAUUAUUUUUAACUAAUGAAAAUAAAUUGUAACAGAGAAUGGUUUUGUGAAACUUUUCACACUGCUAACACGGGACAUAAAUUGUCUUUGAAGGAUAUUUUAUGUGGAAACGUAUAUCAUAUUUAGAACACUCAAUUCUUGGUAAGUAAUCAAAUGAAGCAAAAGAAAAUCAAUACAAAAGAUUUCUGUGUCAAAUAUGGUGGAUCUAUAUUUAUUUUAUUGAAAUAAACAAUACAGAGACUUCAGAAUAAUGAACAUUCUAAGGAACAAGACAAUGAUGUUCAGAAUGACCCGAUCCUGAACUUGGAUUCAUCUCUCAGUACAUUUAUAUUUGCUAACGUGCAUAUCUCAAGAAACACUGAACUGGCUCGAGAGUUCUUGAUUCUAAAAGAGAAUCAUUUGUAUCGAACAUCUCAGAAGAAAUUGUAUCUAAUGCAUUCCUGAAUUCUAUAAUUCAAAAAGGAAAUAUUGUAUUUUUAAGUUUCAAAGGUAGAAAAAUCUAAUGUUCUGAGUCCCUACCUAGCUUGAUUUUCUAAUUACUUGCAAUGAUACCCUAAAGAAUAUAUAAAACGAAUAGCACCAAGUUAUAUGUAAGCUUCACGCAUGCAUAAAUUGGUGCAGAAAUCAAUUCUCUGGAUAGUUACGGACAGAUGAAUAAAUAUAUUUGAUAGUUAACUUUAAAAUAAGUCGUCUGAAAAAGACUAGUAGUUCAUACUGUGUAACCGAUUCCACCACGAUGUAAAAAGCAUCUUUUCGGUGUGAGUAUUAGUUAAUUGAUUUUCGCACAUAGAUAUGCGCACUGUUUAUGUUUCAUAACCAUUCACUUAUUUUUCGACAGAUAAUGACGUCUGGUCUGGUCUUUAGGGUGUAAAAAUACAUUAGUUUCAAGCGAAGUCUUUCAAAAGUUAAAACACUUUAGAUUACAAAUCUUAUAUAGAAAGACACGAAAGAUGAGAUUGAAGAACUAUUCUUUGACAACAAGGGAGCUGUUUGGAUACAUUGCUGACAGUCUGUGCCAAUAAACAUAUAGGAUAAGCAUAUCAACUUGAAGUAACGAAGUUAUAGAUAAAAAAACAGCUGAUUUAUUUCAGAGAUCUAAUAAUAUCCAUAGCAUCAAUCAUUAUUAGCAUUCUGAUAAAUUUAGUAGAUUGAUAGAAAAAAUUUCUGUUAUUAUAGACGUGUCAAUGAUAACUUGAGUUAACUUUCUGCUUAAAUUUUUCUUAAAGAGUAAAAUUUGUACUGAAUAAAAUUUGAUUAAUUUUUGAACAUCUUUCUUUGGGACAAAAUACAUCUACAAUAGAAAAAUUAAUCGAAAUAUAGGAUAGAACUUAAACUACAUGAUUUAUAGAAAAAAAACAGGUCGAAUUGAAACUCAGAUAUUAUGUGUGUAAGAAAAAAAAAUUAAUUUCGAAAGUAUUUAUUCAAAACAAUUAGAAAUGAUGAACACUCUUAGAGUAUUUCAUCAUGAAAAAUUUCAUUUGCACUUAAUAAAAUUAGAAUGUAGAAACACGUGCAGAAUCUCAUACUCUACCUUUCUAACCUAUCAAAAUUGUAAUCUAAGGGAGAACCAAAUUUUUGAUCUUGCCUGCUGAUAUCCUUUCGAAGAUUUUCGAUUACUUACAUAUCAUUUAGUGCAAAUUUUAUAGGUCGCUGUAUUCGUAUAGAAAAGAAACUGUUAUUUCUGACAUAUUCUCCUUUGGUAUACUUAAAUCAUGCAUAUCCUAAGAUGAUAGAUACAUAACAUACUGAAAAAGAUUACAUAUAUACAGACCAUACUAAAACUGUCACCACCGAAUCGAGAAAUCUAAAAUAGCGACCGAUCAAAUAACUCGAGAAAUAGGUCACAAAGCUAGUAAAAUAAUAUAUUAACGGUCACAGCUAAAGUUAUUAUUGUCGG